AUGUCCUCCAUCCAGGGAGCGCUCAGCAUCGAAAGCAUGCGCAACCUGCUGGCAGUUGCAGCGUCGCUCGCGUCGUGGAGAACGCUGGCCUUGCUACUGGCGCUUAUCAACCUGAAAUCCCUCCCAUUCGUUUGGCAUUUCCGUCUGUUGUACCAUUUCGUGGGCAACCUGCGUCUGAAGCCCAAUGCUCCUCUCUUCCCCAAGGGGAAGGCCAUCGUGGACGCACAGGGCAAACCCACACAUCCGAUCUUUGUGUCAUGCGGGACCACCUCGCGGACCCCGUUGCUGGAGACCGAUUAUAAUUUGCACAAGUCAAACAGCACAUAUUUCACAGACCUGGACGUGUCGCGUACGGCGCUGGUGAGCCGAAUUUACAGUCCUGGAGUUGGAAUUGUCAGCAAAGAGCUGGACCGGGAGUUCCUGGAGACCAGUAAGAAAGAGGGGAAGCGUGCGCCGAAGCGGAAGCCGAUCCUCGUUGUGCUUGGGUCUGUAUAUUGCAGCUUCAAGCGGGAGAUCAAGCCCUUUGAGCUGUAUGAAAUGCACUCCAAGGUUAUCUCCUGGGAUAAAAAAUGGAUGUACAUCCUCACGUGCUUUAUGCGGCCAGCCAAGGGCGGUGGCGAGAAGACGCUGCUGGCCACUGCCUUGAGCAAGUACGUUGUUAAGAAGGGUCGGCUGACCAUCUCACCGGAGCGGCUGCUGCGCGCGAGUGGUUUUAUCCCCGCUCCGCCUGCAGAGAGUCAGGAUAAGAGUGCACCGGACUCAUCCGCUGAAGCUUCUGCGAUCGGAACACCUGCUAGUGGUGACGAGGGUAUCACGGCUACGGGGGUGGAUGGAUCCCUAGUGCGAGAGGUGCUCAAGAUGAGCGAUGAUCAGAUCCUCGGUCGUGAGGUGCUUGAGGAGCAGAAGAAGUCCAACUCGGACUCGUGGAGUUCUGAAGAAUGGAACUGGGCGCGUAUCGAGCAAGAACGGCUCCGGGGGUUGGCUGUUGUGCAGGGGUAUAUCAAUCUGGACGAGAAGCUACACCAGGAGUGGGCACAAUAG